CCACCAGCCUCAAACAAACUUCGCUGAGAGAGACGCGACUGCAGAGUGCAGAGAUUUCCCUGACUGUUGUGGCUGCUGUUCAAGACAUGGAAAGGAGGGUUGAUUCUCAUGCUGCAUGUUUGCUGAAUCUGGAAGGGAGAACAGGGAUGUCUGAGAAGAAACUAAUAGACUGUGAGAAGACAAUGGUGGAGUUUGGAAACCAGCUGGAGAGUAAGUUGGCUGCUCUGGGAACUCUGAUCCAGGAGUACGGGCUGCUGCAGAGGAGGCUGGAGAACAUGGAGAACCUGCUGAAGAACAGGAACUUCUGGAUCUUGAGGCUCCCCCCAGGGACUAAGGGGGAGGUUCCCAAGGUGCCAGUAACAUUUGAUGACAUCUCAGUCUAUUUCAAUGAGCAGGAAUGGGGGAAUUUAGACGAAUGGCAGAAGGAACUUUACAAGAAUGUGAUGAAGAGCAACUAUGAGAUGCUGAUGUCACUGGACUAUGUUGUUUCCAAACCUGACAUCCUAUCCCGGAUUGAACGAGGGGAGGAGCUAAGUGUCAGGGAUCAAGGAGAUGCAGAAAAGAGAGAAUUUCCUACAGACCCCAGCGCAGACUCUCCAGUUUGUACAGGAGAGGGUUUAUUACUUACUAAACAAGAGGAAGAGUUGUGUGUUGGGGAUCAGCAGGAUUUGGAGGGCAGAAAAGUCCCUAAAGAGCUCUGCACAGGAUUUCAGAUUUGUGCAACUGACAUUUUAUCACGGAUUAAACAAGAGGAAGAGCCGAGUGUCUGUGAGCAGCAUGAUUCAGAGGAAAACGAAAUCCAUACAGAUCCCAGCACAGCAAAAGAUGGAAGCACAAACAAGGAUAAGCUCCCUGGAAAACCUCUUGACAGCAUUGUGUACAAGUCUAGAUUAUAUGGAAAACUCGGAGAAGAGUGUUUGCAAAAUCCCAAACAGAGUGUGACACGGAAAAGUCUGUACGAUUCAAAAAUGCAGCAGGCAACUGCUACUGGGAACAGUUUGGGGGUUUCAUCUCUCUGUGACAAAAAUUUAUUAAUCCAUCAAGAAGAACCCUACCCAGAAGAGAGACUGUGUACAAGUACUGAAUGUGAGAGAAACUAUACUCAAAAAGUGUAUCUUCAGAAUCACCAACAAUCCCACACAGGAGAGAGACUCUUUGCAUGCACUGAGUGUGGGAAAAACUUCCAGCUGAAGGUAAGUUUGACAAAACACCAAAGGAGCCAUGGAAAAGAGAAACCCUAUGAAUGCAGCCAAUGUGAGAAGAGCUUCAUUUGCCACUCAUGGCUCAUUAGGCACCAAAUGAUUCACAGCGGAGAGAGGCCAUAUAAAUGUACCAAAUGUGACAAAAGCUACAGCAGAAAGGAUUAUCUUCUAAAUCACCAACGCCGGCAUUUAGGGGAGAAAUUAUUCCAGUGUAACGUGUGUGGGAAAACCUUUGUGCUGAAAAGAAGCUUAGUUAAGCAUCAAAAAAGUCACAUGAAAGAGAUCCAGUCCACUUAGCCAGUUGUCUUCUUAGACACCAGAAGAUUCACACAGAGAAGCUGGAACAAUCACUAGGUGAGUGAAAAACUGAGUAGGAAAUCUAUGAGCCUAAAAAAUAAUCCUAUCACCAGUAACUCCAUCUGAAGGCUUCACCAGGACCUGGAUACACAGAGACCAGCUUAAUGGAAAAGGAGAGGAUUCAUUAAUAUCUUUUCACAAGUUACUAUGUGAGAGAGAGCUAACUGAGAAUAGGUCAGAAAAUGCAUGUAGUGUGACCUACAACGGGAAAAGGGAUUGUUGGCUCUUUACUGAGAGGAGGGACUCCUACCAUUUGAAAUUUAGAACCCAUUUCUGAACUCCUCUUCAGAGAAGCGGAAGAUACUUAGGACUGGAGUUUGGGAGGUGAAAUGCACCUGUAGCUCCCACUUAAGUCAAAGGUAGCUCUCGAUAUUCAGUACCUCUAUAAAUCACACUUUUAACCCAUUGAAGCCAGGCAAAUGGAGAUAUUUUAAGAUUACCUGGCUGAGACCCCUUAAGAGUUGGAGACUGACUAGAGAAAGCUUACAGUAUAGAUUUCUUUUUGGACAGCCUGAGUUUUCCACCUUCCAAAUGUAAUGUUCCAUAUUACAGACUGUUGUAUAUAUGGUUUGAUGUGUGCACUACUGGACACUGAAGAUUUUUAUAUGCUGAUAUUUGUCCUGGUUUUGAGAACACUUUUUCUUAGUUUUCACAACAUUUGGGUUUUGAAGGAAACAUUAUGGGGAAUAAAGUGGUUAAGCAUUUGUCGUGCUGCAGCAGCUAUAGGUCAUUACUAUCGCUACCUUUCACUGGAAGGACAAAAAUGUACCUGAGACAGGAGCCAGCCCUGUUCAGUAACACCAGGUUCUUGAUAUAAUAAAAGAAAAUUUCUCUAAUCUCACUUUUGAUGGCACUGUGGCCCCUCAGGGGAAAAAAAAACUUUAGGCGCAGCAGGACUGGGUAGUUAAGUUGAGCAAAAUGCCAUGAAAGCCAAUAAAUAAUACAAGUGAGUGCCUCAGCUGGUAUAACGUUUCCUAGCUCCUUUACGCUCAUUGAAGAUGUUAAGUUACAGCAGCUGAGGAGCUGGCUCUGUAUUUAUAAACUCUUACUGAAGUUUGUGUGGGAGUUUCUUUAGGUUUUUUUUAAUAAAGUUGUCAAGAAAAAUCCUCAGGCUCAAACUUGCCAGGAUUGUUUCUAGCACUCUCUGAUGCCUCGUCUGGGGGACUGAGCUAUGUUAUAGAAAAGAGGAGGGGAGGGAAACAAACCAGCAGGGCAAAACCUAGUUCUGGCAUUAACCACCUUGUAAGCUCCAUCCAGAUGGCACUCCUUCCCAGUUUGUUUUGGUACAAUCCAUUGAUGAGUUACUGGUGGGGAAAAAUAUAAACAAAAAAAAAUAAGUUAAAAAAGCAGAUUCUUCACAAUCAUGUCUUCAGCCUAUCGACCACUCAAAGUCUCAUAUUACAGUCUCACAGGGGGGAAUUCAGUUUGUGAAGUCAGUGGAGGUUGUGAGGGCAUUCUGCCCUUCAUGGGGUGGGGUCCCAAAUGUAAAUAAAUUUUCUGCUUAAGGUGCAGCAUUACAUCAAAUGAUUAUGGCUUAGAAUAACAGUUCAGCCCACCAACUGCACUUAAAGAGAAGGGAGUCUCAGCUGGAGAAUUCAGAAGACAGCCAUGGAACAACACAACUGUGUGCUAAACCCAAAACAGAGGCGCACGGUAUUCUUUAUAGUGUAUUCUUUGUGGGUGAAGGAAAUGCAUUCUGCUCAAAUUACAGAAGAUGGAAAAUUGGUAUAGGCAAAUAUAUUCAGGAAAAGAAUCAUUUCAUGGUCUUGGUAAAAUCUUUAUGGGUAAUUUUGUUACUUUUCUGUUAAUAUGGAUCUUUCACUCAAUCUGACUAGCUUCUGUUUUUCUCUCACCCCAUUAAUUAGCUGGUGAGCUGUUGUGAUUGUUUAUUAGAGGUGUAAUUCUACUGUUCUUAUCCUUGCAAAUGGCUUAUCUUGUGUGUUAUAUUGCCAUGGAUAACAUUUUGUUCUUAAAUUAACACUGUUGGGAGUAGUGAUUUGCCACAGAACAUGUUGUAUUUCCUACCCUCAAUUAAAGGAAUAGAUACUGUAACCAAUCA